UUGAUUUAACAUUUAUGAGUGACAGUAUACGACCUAAUGGAUGAUCACGAAAUUAAUUAGUGACAACACAUGAUGAAUAUUAUACCUUCCUAAUCCUAAUGGAUCAUUUACACAUACUUCCUUAAGAACAUCGCAAGAAUAAACUACUCACACGUAAAAAUAUUGACGUUUAAAGCAACACAACUAUAAACCCUAGAAACAGAGUUUGAUUUUUUUUUCUCAUUUUUGUGUUUUCUAAUGAAUUCAAUCAAGAACAGCUAUGGCAAAGUUAACGAAGCUGAAGAUUUAGCCUUGAAGAGGAAGACGGCAAAGCGAUUUAUCUACAUGGGCCUGUCCGUAGCUGUUCUGGUGGCGAUUAUAAUCGGCUCCGUCGUCGCCGUCGCUGUUCAUAGCCGGAGAAACAACUCUCCUAAACCAAGACCGAAUUCAACCCCCGAGUUGACUCCAGCCGCUUCACUCAAAACUGUGUGCAGCGUCACUCGUUACCCUUCUUCUUGUAUCUCAAGCAUCUCGAAGUUUCCAGCGUCCAACACGACGGAUCCGGAGGUUUUAUUCAAGCUCUCGUUGAAGGUUGUCGCCGACGAGCUCAAUUCCAUUUCCGAUUUGCCGAGGAAGCUCGCGGAGGGGACUAAUGACGAGAGACUCAAAUCGGCCCUCGGCGUUUGCGGAGAUCUGUUCGACGACGCGAUUGAUCGCGUUAACGCAACCGUUUCCGCCAUGGAGGUCGGAGACGGUAAGAAUAUUCUCAACUCGACCAAGAUCGACGAUCUCACAACGUGGCUCAGCGCCGCCCUUACAAGCCACGACACGUGUCUCGACGCGCUUGAUGAACUCGUCCAGAACAAAACCGAGUACGCGAAUUUACCAAUCACGAAGAAUCUCAAAUCCGCCAUGGUUAACUCAGCCGAGUACACCAGCAACAGCUUGGCCAUCGUCGCGAAGAUCCUCUCCACGCUGAGCGAUUUCGGGAUCCCGAUUCACCGGAGACGACUCCUCAAUUCGGCCGAUUCGUUUCCCCAUUGGGUUAGCCCACGUGCGAGACGGUUACUCCAAGCGAAGAAUCUAACCCCUAACGUCGUUGUUGCGGCUGAUGGCUCCGGCGAUGUCAAGACGGUGAACGAAGCCGUGACUAGAGUUCCGAAUAAGGGGAAUACGGUGUUCGUUAUAUACGUGAAAGCAGGUACGUAUGUUGAGAAUGUGCUUUUGGAUAAGAGCAAGUGGAAUGUAUUGAUGUACGGCGACGGCCAGGAUAAGACCAUUAUUUCCGGUAGCAGAAACUGGGCCAAGGGCACUCCCACUUUUCAAACGGCGACGUUUGCAACCCAAGGCCAAGGAUUCAUGAUGAGGGACAUCAAAAUCAUAAACACCGCCGGACCAGAGAAGCACCAAGCGGUGGCAUUCCGAUCAGGAGCCGAUCUCUCUGUUUACUACCAAUGCUCAUUCGAUGGUUUCCAGGAUACUCUCUACCCUCACUCUAACCGUCAGUUCUACCGUAACUGUGACGUCACCGGAACAGUAGAUUUCAUCUUCGGAGCUGCCACCGUUGUCUUCCAGGAUUGCACUAUCCGACCGCGUCAGCCGCUUCACGGUCAGUACAUCACUAUCACCGCUGAAGGUAAAAAGGAUCAGAAUCAGAACUCUGGUACAACGAUCCAGCGUUGCACAAUCUCCCCCAACGGAAACGUAACUGCUGAGGUGUAUCUUGGCCGUCCGUGGAAGGAGUUUUCGACGACGGUGAUUAUGCAAUCGGUGAUUGGGUCGUUCGUUAAUCCAGCUAGGUGGCAUACGUGGGAUGACGGUAAAGAGCCGCCUUCGACUAUAUUGUAUGGUGAGUACAAGAAUUCGGGGCCUGGGUCGGAUGUGACCAAUAGAGUUAAAUGGGCCGGGUACAAGCCUGUUAUGUCUGAUGCUGAGGCUGCGAGGUUUACCGUUGCCAAUUUUCUCCGAGGUGGUGAUUGGUUACCGGCGAUGGGAGUGCCGUUUCAACAGACUUAAUAAUAAUGUUGUUAUCAAUUUAUUUAUUUUUUAAAAUAUUAUUUCGUUCGUACUAUUUUAUUUUAGAUUUAUCUUAAUUUAAAGA